GAAGAACCUUGUGUUGUGACGUUUGGAAAAUGCAGGAAGAAAACUAGUGAGUCAACUAAAAAAACUUCGAGGCAUUAUUAAACGUAAAGAUGUCCUGCUUAGAGGGUGAGAAGAGCAGCUUGGAGGACGAUGGGUGUUGUGGGGCAAGUGACUUUCCAGCGGAGCUCUCAAACUGUGCCUUAGCUAUGAUGGAAAAAGAGGGUGACUUCAGUCCAUCAGAAAGCCCCGGCUUGUUUAGUGGAGGAACAGACAUUCUGAGGGACACUCCUGCACAGGGGUAUGACGUGGAGUUCGACCCUCCUCUGGAGAGCAAGUACGAGUGCCCGAUUUGCCUCAUGGCUCUACGAGCAGCAGUGCAAACUCCAUGUGGACAUCGUUUCUGUCGGAGUUGUAUUGAGAAGUCCAUCCGUGAUACAGGGCAGAGGUGUCCAGUGGACAAUGAGAUACUGCUGGAGAACCAGCUUUUUCCAGAUAAUUUUGCUAAACGAGAGAUUCUGUCCCUCACUGUGCGCUGUCCCAACAAAGACUGCAUAGAGAAAAUGGAGCUUCGCCAUCUAGAAAGUCAUGUGAACCAGUGCCAGUAUGCCACUGUGCCAUGCCCACUGUGCCAGGAAUCUGUGUGGAAGAGCCAGCUAGAGGAACACACAAGCCUACAAUGCCAGCGAAGACCAGUUUCUUGCCCUGACUGUGUGGCGAGUUUUGUCUAUGAAGACAGUGAACUCCAUAAGCAAAGGUGUCCCUUUGCCAAUGUGUCAUGUCAAUACUGUGAAAUGGAGCUCAUUAGAGACCAGUUGGAAUCUCACUGUGAUAUGGAUUGUCAGAAAGCGCCUAUAGCCUGCCCAUUUAGCAAGUUUGGAUGUCGAGAACGGAUGCUGCGGCACGACCUGGCUCAGCACAUGCAGGAGUUCACACAGAUGCACAUGCACUACAUGGCAGAGUUCCUCAGCGGCCUCAGCAUCAACGGAAUCAAGCCACCGCCGUUAGGGGCCGCUUCGCCUGACACCCGUGGCGAGGCCAGGGGAGCAGGACCUAGCUGCAGUGCUGCCCCCUGCCAGUGCAGCAGGGAACGACAGGCACUUAAGGAGACCACACAGCACCUGGAUGGGCGGCUGGUGCGGCAGGACCACCAGCUCCGCGAGCUUAGCAUUCACAAGGACAACCAGGUACAGCAAUCUACUCAGUUGAUGGAGCUGAGACGCAAGGUGGCAUCUCUGGAGGAGAAGGUGAGCGAGCUGGAAGCCCAGCAGUGCCAGGGCAUCUUCGUGUGGCGCCUGGAUGGCUUCUCUGCUCACCUGCGUACCCAGGAGGGGGGGCAUUCCGUAGUGGUGCACAGCCCUGGCUUCUACACCGGCCGCCCAGGCUACAAGCUAUGCUUGCGCCUCCACCUUCAGACGCCCACCGCUCCGCGCUGUUCCAACUACAUAUCGCUCUUUGUGCACACAAUGCAAGGUUACUUCGACAGCCAGUUGUCAUGGCCCUUGCAGGGCAGCAUCCGCCUGGCAGUGCUGGACCAGAAUCCCGAAGGGAAUCAUCACGUGGAGGUGAUGGAGACAAAGCCAGAUCUUCAGGCCUUUCAGAAGCCCACCCUCCAUCGCAACCCCAAGGGCUUCGGCUACGUCACAUUCCUGCACCUGCAGCAGCUGCAGCAGAAGGGCUUCAUAAAGGACGACACCCUACUAGUGCGCUGCGAGGUAACACCCCGCUUUGACUGCGCCCUCAGGAGGGAGGGGGCGGGGGUCCAACCAAGAGGCCCCGAGGCCUCACUUUGAGGACUUAAAGAUUCAGAGAGAAAAGGAGAGACAAAAAUGGCAAGUGUUGUUCAUACUUAGCUGACGUGUGGCUGUUUGCAAGCCAGGACUGAAUGUACAUCCCCUUGUCACAGAAUUAUUUGUGAAAAUCCACAAGGCUUGCAACAACAGAUAACAGGGAGCUAAGAACCCCUUGCUAAGACUUCAUUAUUUCCUGUUCAGGUGUGGACACUAUCAGUGGCAUACAAAUGUGCUUUAUACAUCUAUGAAAGUGCCUUUGCCAGUCAAAAUAAUACAUGCUUUUUUACAUUGUAGGUUGAAUGGAUCAUUUAUAAUAUCUAUAAAUUAAUGUAAUUAAAGCAUAAAAUAAGUAUUCCAUAUUACAUUCCAAUUAGGCUGGUGGCAUGGUCAGGGUGAAUCUGGUAAGAGACACAAAUCAUUUCUGAAACUCUUACAUUAAGUUAGAAACAUUUUACAUUCCUGUCACCCUAGUGAGUUGUUGUGGGGGAAAGCUGAUAUUUGAAUCUCUUUUUAUGGACUGAGCUUCCCAAAAACGGAUAUUUGUGACUUCCUUAAAGUUUUUGUGCUGUCACAAUUACUGUUGUAAAGACGCAAAGAAUCACAGACUGCUGUAUCCACCCACAGUGAUUAGGGUGAUUAAGGGUGUGCAUCUUGUAUUUAUUUUACCUGAAUGUUUUUCCUGAAUAUUCUGUAUACAAUAUGCUUAAGUGGUUGUAGUAGGAAUUGUCAAGUGUCUCUUUCAGUGCUUUAAUGUACACGUUUAAUGAAAGUGACAUUUCUACAGUAACAGAACUUCUAUAAUCUAAUAUCCUACAAUAUGCUGCCAAGCUUAAUGGACCUCAACAUGGGGUGACACUGGAUUGUGUGAAGACUGAAUGAAAUAACAAUAAUAACUUUUACAUUUGCUAUGGUAACAAAAUCAACUAUUAAAUACUACUAUAUUUAUGGUCAGUACAUUUAGAAGCCCCUUUGCUGAUACAUUCAGCUGUUUGACAGCUCAGUUCUCAUUUAAGAUAAAUUGUACCAUAUUAUCAUCCAGUUGUGUCUUGAUGUCUGUUGCGUGCAGUAGAAGGAUUGAAAGAAUGCAUGGUACUCCAAAGCAAAUACGAAUAAAAUAAUUGUUUGCCUUUUCAUAAAA